AUGGCAAUCCCUGAUGAUUCAACAUGGAAACUAUUCAUCCACGCUGCACUGGAUGGAUCUGUAAAUGUAAUAGAACAGUACAUAAAGGCCGGGUUCUACGUUGAUUCGCCAGUCGUUGGGGGACUAACGGCUCUAAUGAUAGCGUCUAAUGAAGGUCACUUGGACGUCAUUAACAUGCUUAUUACCUGCGGUGCUGAUGUGGAUGCAGUGACAGCUACCGGCGAAACUGCGCUAAUCUUUGCUGUAAGGGGCGGUCAGGUCGAAGCUGUGCGGGUACUGCUUCAAGCUGGAGCUGAUGUCAACGCGGCGAUAAACACAGGGAUUACGGCUCUCAUGAUAGCGGCAUCGAAAAGCCAUUUCAAGAUCUUAGAUAUGUUAAUACAACACGGUGCGUUGGUGAACUUAUCUGAUGAAAACAACAGCACCGCUCUACUUCAUUUAGCCAUCUCCGGAAAUGUUGAUUGUUUAAAGUUGUUAAUUCAAGCUCAAGUGGAUGUCAAUCACACCAAUACACAAGGUAUGACGGCUCUGAACAUUACUUUAUACGGAGGACAUUUGGAUUUGAUUCAGAUUUUGAUUUAA